UACCAUCUAGGUGUGCAAGAGACUGAAGGCGGGUAUGAUGUAUGCAGAUGUGUGUAGAACCGUUGGUGUUUGGUGACAUGUUUGGACUCGGUGUGGUCUAUAGGCUCCUGUGUGAGUAACGUUAAGGCGUUGGAGGUUUCCUCCUGCUCGGAGCAGCGAGGCGCGGAGUGGGCUGAGCUUCAUGUCAACACACUCACACGAGAUACGAGCCACUGCGCUACCGAGUCGUCGACUGGAAUGGAGGGACGGAAAACACUAGCCGGUGUAAAUGGGCAUCUACCCGAAUGACUCGAAUGAAUGGUUUGCCUGAUGCCUGUUUUAAUUACUUCAUACGGACACCACGGAAUCGGAGCUGCCGCCAUGAAAAUGAGACGGAGAUUUUUACCCAGAUGCUGCUCUUUCUCUCCCUGACGUGCCGUGAGCAAAGGACACAAUGUUGCUGGCCUCGGCCGCCGUGGUAUGGGAAUGGCUGAACGAACACGGCCGCUGGAGGCCCUACAGCCCUGCUGUUUCUCAUCACAUCGAGGCGGUGAUCCGAAGCGAAUCCCGGGCAGGGAGCGUCGUGCUAGGCCAAGCCGACAGCCGCCUCGCGCCCUACAUCGUCGACUUACAGUCAAUGCAUCAGUUCAGGCAGGACACAGGUACUUUAAGGCCAGUACGUAGAAGUUUCUAUGACCCCGCUUCAGCACCAGGUCAGGGCUGGCUGUGGGAGUGGGAAAAUGAUGCAGGUUCUUGGACACCAUAUGAUAUGGAGGUGUGCAUUGCCCUGCAAGCAGCACGGGAUCGCCAACAGCCAUGGCUGGAUCUGGCACCGCUUGGUUUCUGCUACCUUGUGGACUUUCAAAGCAUGACUCAGAUCAAUCAGCAAACGCAGAGGCACCGCCGCAUUAAGAGACGCUCAGACAUGGCUUAUCCACUCGUCUCUGGCCCAUUGCCAAAAGCCUCACAAGGUUGGGGCAUUGGGCCUGCAGGGGCAGCUGGUGGUAGAGGCAUGGCUAGUGGAGGUUCAACUGGAGCACUUUUGGGAGUUGGAGUUUCUGGAUCUAGCUCAAGUGGAAAUGGUGGUCCACUGUACCCUAGUGGAACGAUUUCGAUGUCAUCUCUUUCCCCUCCUGGACAGCCAUGUGGUUGUCAACAGUGCAUGCUUGUCUUGAGUGUGAAAACAAAUGCCUUGUCAUCACAAACCCUAGGACGCAGAUUGCCACCCACAAAAGCACUCAAUCCUAAAUCCAGUCAAGGGACACUUCCAUACUCUUCUACAACCACAUCUAUAUCAAAUUCAUACUCACAAACUCUGCCUCAUGGACUGUCCUUGAACCGCUCUCUCUCACAAGAUCGCAAAAAUGCUGCUGCUUUUGCUCAGUCUUUGUCCAUGCUCACCUCAAACACCGCCACUCUUUCGCUGUCCUCUAAUCGCCCACCCCUUCCACCUUUGCCCCCUCCACCAGUAUCCCAUCAACAAUCUUUAUCCAUGCCAAGCUGCACACCAGCAUCUUCUUCAUCAGUGCCAACCGCAACACUUAUCACUGUGGCUACAAGCAACACGUCAUGUUCAUCCUCAUCAUCAACCUCAACAGCCGUUCCACCUCAGCGUUCUACAGCCUGUGCCGCUCCUUUGCCCCCUCGUGCCAGUCUAGCAGGACUCAGCAGGCCAGCUUUACAAAGAAUUGCCAUGGCACAGUCUCGGGCACUCAUUGCCUCUGGUGUGCCAACAGUGCCAGUGAAAAACCUAAAUGGUUCCAGUCCUAUCCAUCCAGCUUUAGCAGGAAUCACAGGUAUUCUGAUGAGUGCAGCAGGCCUGCCUGUGUGUUUGACUCGUCCUCCUAAACUUGUGCUACACCCUCCUCCUGUCAGCAAAAGUGACAUCAAACCCAUCCCUGGUCUUGGACACUGUUGCCGGAAAACCACAAAAAAACAGGCUCGGAAAUGCAAGACUCCAGAGGAGGUAGUGAAGAGGUACCUACAGAAAGUCAGAAAUCCUCCAGAAGAGGACUGCACAAUCUGUAUGGAGCCUUUGGCUGGCCCCUCUGGUUACAAAGGCCCAGGGGUGGGCGCUGUGUCUCGUGCAGAGUCAGUGGGUCGACUGACACAGUGCGGCCAUCAGUAUCAUCUGCAGUGCCUGGUAGCCAUGUACAACAAUGGAAAUAAAGAUGGCAGCUUGCAGUGUCCCACAUGCAAGACGAUCUAUGGUGUGAAGACCGGUAACCAGCCACCUGGGAAGAUGGAGUACCAUGUCAUUCCUCACUCACUCCCAGGGCACCCUGACUGCAAGACUAUUCGUUUAAUAUACAAUAUACCACCUGGUAUACAGGGCACUGAGCACCCAAACCCAGGAAAACCUUUCACAGCAAGAGGAUUUCCACGCCACUGCUAUCUUCCAGAUAGUGAAAAAGGAAGAAAGGUGUUAAAACUUUUAUUAGUAGCAUGGGACAGGAGACUAAUCUUCUCAGUGGGUACGUCUAGCACCACGGGUGAGUCAGAUACAGUCAUCUGGAAUGAGAUCCACCAUAAAACCGAGUUUGGAUCCAACCUUACUGGCCAUGGAUACCCUGACCCUGGCUACCUGGACAAUGUGUUGGAGGAGCUAAAGGCCCAAGGCAUGACCGAGGAGGAUGGACAGCAGCUAUGAAGAACAGGAAGGAGCAUUGGAAGAGAUAUAGAAUUCAAACAAAGGCUAGAACUGUGUGAAUUGAACUUAAAAUGGGUGUGGGAUAACGGGAAAAUUAUGCUUUCUGUGGGUUUGGAAAACUUUGUUUUGGGAAAAUUCGAUUUUGAGGCAUAAAGGACUUGUGUGUGUGUGUGUGUGUGUGUGUGUGUGUGUGUGUGUGUGUGUGUGUGUGUGUGUGUGUGUGUUUUCACGCAUUUAAAAUGUGAGUGUGUGCUGGAAUUAAUAAGUGAAUGAGGAGAGGUAAGAAAAGAACUGAAGCAACAUUUGCUCAGUUGUGGACCAAAAAAUGGUAUACGUAAAUGAAUGAAAGCUGUGGUUUGACUAAAUUUAAGUGCUUUGAGUCUCUAGCAAUGAUUAAAUCUACACUGGUAUGCUAGAUUACAACUUAAGAUAAAUCAGCCUACAAUUCUGAUGAGAGUUUUAUCUUUUUUUUAAUUAAUCAUCCCAGUGCUCUCAUUUGUUUAUUAAUAUUGAGUUCACUGAAAGCUAUAAAAAGAGAGUUUUAUAAGAAAGGAAAUGGCAAAGGUUGUUUAUAGAAGUAAAAGAAGGUAUACUGAAUAGAAAAAUGGGUAAUGGAGAGGAAAGUAAAUGUGUGGUAGGGAGUCCAAGCAGAAGAUUGAGAAGAAGAAAGGCCAAAGAAUGCAGCUUUAAUCUCAUAAGUUAAUAAAUUAAGUAUCCAUAUUGAUAGAGCUGUAGUGAAGGCUUGUGCAUGUUUGUGUGUGCUUGUGUGAAGAUUAACGGAAAGCCUUAUGCCCUCAAAUCAUUUUCUGUUCUUUAAAAACAUUCCUUAUUCCAACCAUUUGAAAUGUUUGAGUUUUAUAAUCUGGGACCCAAGUGCUUAACUUGUAUCAUGAUUUCUGUUACAUAUGUAAUAACAUUCCAUAUGUUACAUUUAUUUCCUAUAAAUUUUUAUUGCAUUACUUUUGUAAGUCGUGGAUGAUGAUGUGUGGGUGUGGCUCAGAUCGCUGAGUCUAUUGAAAUACCCUGUCACAAAGUUGUAAACACCUACGGUGUAACUUCUGUAGAAUAAGAGAAUGCUUAGUGUGGACUGAAAAGCGACUUAAACGUUUUCUGUUGGUUUUAAGUUUAAAAGAAAACCUAAAGUACUUUUCAGUCCAGGUUUACAUGUAUUUUUGUAGCCCUAAUUUCUCCAUAUCAAAUAAUUAUAAUAGUGCCUCUUUGAAGAGAUGGUUAUGAUAAAAAGGUCCUGGAUUUUCAGUGAUAGUGUUAAAGGACAAAUCUGUAUAUGCAGCAGGUUCAAAAUAACAGUAAAUGACACUAACUAGUGUUGGUAUUCUAAAAAUCCUAAUACAAAUAGUUUAAUAUUGUACAGGUUAUGAGGAAAGAAUGGAAGGCCAAGCAAGAGUUUGAAAGUUAAAUGACAAUUGAUGGUUAUACAACACAGUAAUAUUAUAUAGUCAAAUAUUUGUGGACACCUGAUCAGCACAGUCAUAUGUGGUCAUUUCCCAAGCUGUUGCCACAAGGUUGGAAACACUACUGUAUAGAAUGUAUUUGAAUGCUGUAGCAUUACGAAAUCCAUUCACAGUGCACACAAAGUCAUAGUUUGGAAGGGUCUGUGUACUUCAGUGUUCUGAUUUCAACCCCACUAAACAUCUUUGGAAUAAAUUGGAAUGCUGAUUGCCUUGACAGGCACUGUCCUUCCUAAUGUUCUUAUAGCUGAAAGGGCACAAACCAUACAGUCAUUUAGCUAAAUAGUGGAACGCCUUCCUAGGGGCACUGAAUAUUUUAAUGCCUGUAGUUUUUGUAAUUUGGCACGUUGAGUCCAUGGUCAGGUGUCCACAUAUUUUUGACUCUGUACUGUUUUAUAGGCGAAAAUUUAAAUACCCUACUCUAGCUAUUACUCUAGAUUCACAACGGAAUUGUUGGCCUCAGUAGUGAAAAAGAUGAACUUUUGUUUGUAUGUUGUUCCAAUCUGUGUUGCACUGCCUUCCAUGUCCUCUUUGUCUGUUUUCCAAUGUGUGUGUUCAGUCAGUAACUGACCUGUUAAUGUCUUUCUGUCUUUAACUCAAGAGUGUGCCAUAAUUGUGUCUCUGUAAGAGUGAAAACAUGCAUUUGUGAGCACAAGUGUCAACUGUAUGCAUGCAUUUAGCGCUUUAAUGCGUUUGUGUGUAUGUAUGACUGGUGUGUUUUAUGACCUAAUUUACAGUAGUUAUUUUCUUAUUUUCUGCAUGCUUUUAUUACAUAUUUAGUGUUUUAUUACCUGCAUUUUUAUUUCCUCCCAUUCCAAGCAAAUUAAAUAUUACACACCUUAUGGUACUAGGUUAUAGAACUCCUCAGUCGUUCUGUAUGUUCUGUACAUGUACAGAUGUUCACUGCAUUUGCCAUUGUCUUUUGUGAAAAAGAAACUAAAUGUUCCCUGAGUGUGCACAUUGUCCGGUUCUCUGAACCAAGUCUUCUUCCACUUUCCAUUAACAACUGAACAGCAGAAAUCUCAAGUCAUAUUUGGGGACCUGUUUGAAAUGGAUAACAUUUAGCUUUUUUUUAAUUACAUUUUCUGCACUGCAGGAGGUUUGGAUAAGUGCAGGCUUAAAACAACGAGAAAUGUAUAUAUAAUAAGGGGGGGUUGUAAAUAAUACAAUUUGAAGUUAUGUUAUUAAAUGAUAAAAAUAAAGAAUCUGUGAUAGUUGUUUGCGUUCUGUCGAGACUUAUUUAUAAUAAAUACAAGUGCAUGAGUGA